GCUCCCUAGCAACGGCACACACUUCCGCCUAGCAACCAUGGCCGACGCGGCGGUUUUCAAAGUGUCUUUUGUCUUCCCCAACAAGGACACGUACGAGGGGGAGUGCACCAGGACCGCCGAGGGCGUCCUCAAGAGGAACGGCUUCGGGGUGCACACCAGCCCCGGCGGGGUUACCUAUGCUGGCAACUGGGAAAACGACAAGAUGAAUGGUACAGGAAGGCUUGAACAUCCUUCUGGGGCAGUUUAUGAAGGCGAGUUCAAAGACAACAUGUUUCAUGGAGUAGGAACUUACACAUUUCCAAAUGGAGCAAAGUACAUUGGACCAUUCAAUGAAAACAAGCUGGAAGGUGAAGGAGAAUUUAUAGACGAAAAAGGAGUGGAGUGGAGUGGCACAUUUCAUCACACAGCAGCAGUGGGACUGAAGCAGAAGCUGAAAAUGUAGCUAUUUGGCACUGCCAGUAGCAUUGAUUUAAGGCAGCUCUUUGAUUGCACUCUGGGCUCAAACAGCUGUGACCAGAUUUCAACAGGCAUUCAUUUCUUCAUUUAUUUAUUAAAAAUAAACUAUAUUAUAUAUAAUAUUAUUAAAAAUAAACUUGC